UUCCUGUUUUCCACCUUCUACAAUCUUUGUUCCAGCAGACAUUCAAAAGUUUUCUGUCUCUAGUGUCUGUUUUUACGUACAUUGCAGUGACACAUCUUCCUCUGGCAGCUGGUUUGCUUUGCUCUAGUGCUCCCUUCAUCUUCCAUCUAUUCUUCAUCUUCUCAGAUCACAGCCAGUCACAGGCAGAGUAACUUAGAAACCAACAGAGUGGCAAAACAGAGCAGCUGUUAGGGGAACAGAGCAUGACAUGUGGGAGACGAAGGGGGGAAACUCAAGUGAACAAACUGAUGCAAGUCUGCAGGUUAGAACAUUUGACCCAGAAAUAUUUAGAUGUGUAACUAAUUCUUGAGAUUGGCAAAUCUAUGUAGCUUAAUAAGAUGAACGCUCCUUCUGAUAUUCUUCUUUUCCCCAUUCACCUUCAUAUAUAUUAAUGAAGAAAAACAAAGCAGGCUUUGGCUAAAAUAAAACAAAAAACCAGGACUAUUACUUUGCAAAGCAAGUCUUUGAAACUAUAUGCAAUCAGAAUAUUUUAUAAGUUUCCACUUUAUCAAGUCAGAAGGGGAUGGAAAAAGGUUAUGAUAUAGUCAGGUGCUUUUAGUUCCUUGUCUCUAAGUCUUUAAAUACUUUGCCUCUCUGUGUCAUUUGAUUGAAUCCUGUGAGAUUCACAUUAUUUCAGACGUUUUAAAGCUUCAGCAGUCUCAUUCUGUGUCUUUCUCCUGUGCACUCACACUUAGAACAGUUGCAUUUAUUUGUUGGAAUUUCAGCCAGAAUCCCUUGGCAUACUUCAAAUUAACUUACUGCAGCCUUCUUGCUAUGUGUAGUCAUGUUUGCUUUAGUCAAGGAUGCCCUGUAGUGGGUUUCUCCUGUCUGUAGCUUUGUAUUCAUUUUUAUGCAUUGGCGGCAUUUCUGGUGAUUCUUUGAAGUAUUUUAGUGUUAUUGAUUAUUAGAGUGGAAGGAGCCGGAGUCCAUCCUGCUCAGUUUACAGAUGAUGUAUCUGAGUCUCAGAGCAGAAAAAUGUCAUGUCCAGUGCUUGCAGCUUGCUUGGGCAGAGUAGGAUUAAGAAAGGCCAGCACAUAUUUCACUUCACUAGGCGCAUUUAUCAUUUUGAAAGACACUUUUAGUCUUCCAUCUGCAAUUUAUUGUUUUAUGGUAUAUUAUGCAAAGAAAUGGACAUAUUUGUUAUUGCAAUGGAUAAAAUAAGCCUUUAUUAAAACAUUGAACACAUCCUUAAAAUUUAGUUGUGCCAUUAACUUUAUCUUAAAAAAAUGACACAAAUUACAAGCUAAAGAAUGAAUAGACCCAUUGUUUAAACCUUCUGCUUUUUACUUCUGAAUCAGGAAUAAGAAAGACAGAAUGAAUAUUUGCUUUUGCUCUUCUGUUUAUUCAUUCAUCACUAUUUAUAAGUAUUGACUAUCUGCUAUGUAACAAACAGUGUGCUAGAUUCUGCACAGAUAUAAGGAUAAUUGAGUCUCCCCUGGAAGAGCUCGGUGUCAAAAGGGCUAAAACAGACUUGCAUAUAUUCACAAUUGCAGCAUAGUGUAACCAAUACUAUAAUAGAAGCAGGUCCAGAAUUCUAUGAAAACAUGGAAGAAGAAAGAUUAACUUCAAAAAAAGCUUCAUUGGGAGAUGACAUUUACAUUGUGUCAUGAAGAAUGUGUAGACAUUGAUCAGGUGGUAAAAAUGUAUAGGUAUAAGUGAGAAUCCCAGGCAGAGGGAUUUUGAGACACACAGUUUUAUGAAGAAAUAAAAUACUUCAGUGAGUGUGUGAGCAGAAAUAUGUUAGCAGAAAAUGUGAGCUGAAUAAUGAAGAGAGAUAGUUUUAGAAGAACGAUUAGCAUAUGACCAUAUGGGGCCCUGUGCAUGACUCUAAAGAGCUUAGCUCUUAUUUUAGCUACAUGGAAGCAAGGAGUCUGUCUAACUCACCAUUAUAUCCACAAUGCCAGCAUGACACUCAAAUAGGAAGGUAUCACUAUGAUGAAAAGAGACUAUAAAGUUGUUUGAUUAGCAUUAAGGAAAAUAUCUAAGAAGCUUUCAGAAUAGCCCAUGCAAGAGAUCAAGCAUCAGAAAUGAAAGAUUAAUGAUUUCUUAGUCUCCUUGGGCUGCUAUAACAAAAUAUCAUUGUCUACAUAGCUUAUAAACAAGAUAAAUUUAUUUCUUAUAGCUGAGGAGGCUGGAAAGUCUAAGAUCAAGGCACUGGAAGAUUUGAUGUCUAGUAAAGGUCUGUUCCUCAUAGAUGGCACCUUCUAGCUGUGUUCUCACAUGGUGGAAGAGGCAAACAAGCUCCCCUAGGCCUCUUUGAUAAAGGCACUAAUCCCAUUCAUAGGGCUCUUACGUCGUGAAUUAAUUGCCUCUCAAAGGCUCCACCUCCUAAUACCAGCACCUUGGGGUUAGGAUUUCAACAUACGAAUUUUGGAAGACACAAACAUUCAGACCACAGUGGCUGAGACGAAGAAAAUUAGAAAGAUAUAAAAGGAAAAACUGACAGAAUUAGGUGUCUGGUUAAGGGUGGUGCUGGAGUGGAAGGCAUCAAGGAAGAUUCCAAGGUCUCUAACAUGAAAGCACAGAUGAUGAUUUUGUCAACUAGAGCUGGAGAAAGAGAAAACAUGAGGGGGAAGGAAAUGAGUGGUUUUAGAAUAAGAAUCCAAAUGACAAUGUUCAGUAGCAGUUGGAAAUGUGCAUCUGGAGUUUGGAUGAAAGACAGUGAUAUAGAUUUGGAAGUCAUCCACAGUCAGAGUCAUACAUGUGACUACUGAAGCCAGGGGAAUGGUGGAUUAGGUUACUUACAGAGUGAAUGAAAACAGAAGAGACUCUGGGAGGAAAUUCUGGGAAGUCACCAUGAUGGUUAUGUAGAGUAUGAUAAAUAUCAGGAUAAAAAGUGUCUUAAACUACCCUUGACUUAACAGUCAUUAUUCAUUCAUUCAACAAAUAUUUAGGCACCUUCUAAAUUCCAGACACUGCAUUAGGCACUAGAGAUACAAAGAUGAGAAAAAAAAUACAGCCUCUGUUUUCAAAAAAAGAUUAUAGUUUAAAGGAAAGACAGGUAAGAUAAAUUGGACAGAAUUUAGUGUGGCAGGGGCUGCUAAGUGGUAUAAUAGAGGUAGGAUGGGGAAGAACUGUAAAAGGGCAUCUAAAAGAGAGUUUAGGAAUGGAGUUGUUAGGGGGAUAGGAGGCAGGUGGGGAGUGGAAUUGGAACUUGGAAGAGGUAGUUUCCUAGAGAAUAAUGAGAGAGCUGAGAUGAGUCAUGAAAGAUGAUCAGAUGAUAUCCAUGUGAUAUGCAUUGGCUGUGUCCUCACCCAAAUCUCAUCUUGAAUAGUAGCUUCCAUAAUCUGCACCUGUUGUGGGAGGGACCUGAUGGGAGGUAAUUGAAUCAUGGGGCUGGUUACCUCCAUGCUGUUCUCAUAGUAGUGUGUGAGUUUUCAUGAGAUCUGAUGGUUUUAUAAGGGGCUUUCUUCUCUUUGCUUGGGGCUUCUCUCUCCUGCCGCCCUGUGAAGAGGUGCCUUCUGCCAUGAUUGUAAGUUUCCUGAGGCCUCCCAAGCCAUGUGGAACUGUGAGUCAGUUAAACCUCUUUUCUUUAUAAAUUACCCAGUCUCGGGUAUUUUCUCAUAGCAGUGUGAGAACAUAAUAAUACAAAAGAAUGGUAUUAGGAGUGGGGUGCUGCUAUAAGGAUACCCAAAAAUGUGAAAGCAACUUUGGAAUUGAGUAACAGGCAGAGGUUGGAAUAGUUUGGAGGGCUCAGAAGAAGAUAGGAAAAUAUGGGAAAGUUUGGAACUUCCUAGAGACUUGGAGAGUUCAGAAGACAGGAAAAUGUGGGAAAGUUUGGAACUUCCUAGAGACUUGUUGAAUGGCUUUGACCAAAAUGCUGAUAGUGAUAUGGACAAUGAAGUCCAGGCUGAGAUGGUCUCAGAUGGAGAUAAGAAAUUUAUUGGGAACUGGAGCAAAGAUGACUCUUGCUAUGCUUUAGUGGAGAGACCGGGGACAUUUUGCCUCUGCCUUAGAGAUCUGUGGAACUUUGAACUUGAGAGAGAUGAUUUAGGGUAUCUGGUGGAAGAAAUAUCUAAGUGGCAAGUCUUUCAAGAAGAAGCAGAACAAAAGAGUUUGGGAAAUUUGCAGUCUAAUGAUGUGACAGAAAAGAAAAGCCCCUUUUCUGGGGAGAAAUUCAAGCUGGCUGCAAAAAUUUUCAUAAGUAACAAGGAGCUGAAUGUUAAUCACCAAGACAAUAGAGAAAAUGUCUUCAGGGCAUGUCAGAGACCUUCAUGGCAGCCUCUCCCAUCACAGGCCUGGAGGCCUAGGAGGAAAAAAUGGUUUCCCUGGCUGGGCCCAGGGUCCCCCUGCUCUGUGCAGCCUCAGGACAUGGUGCCCUGUGUCUCAGCUGCUUCAGCUCCAGCCAUGGUUAGAAGGGGCCAAGGUACAGCUUGGGCCAUUGCUUCAGAGGGUGCAAGCCCCAAACCUUGGUGUUUUCCACAGAGUGUUGAGCCGGUGGGUACUCAGAAGUCAACAAUUGAGGUUUGGGAACCUCCCCCUAGAUUUCAGAGGAUGUACAGAAAUGCCUGGAUGUCCAGGCAGAAGUUUGCUGCAGGGGUGGAGCCCUCAUGGAGAACCUCUGCUAGGGCAGUGUGGAUGGGAAAUGUGGGGUCAGAACCCCCACACAGAGUCCCCACUAAGGUACUGCCUAGUGGAGCUGUGAGAAGAGGGCCACUGUCCUCCAGACUCCAGAAUGGUAGAUCCACUGACAGCUUGCACAGUGCACCUGGAAAAGCCACAGACACUCAGUGCCAGCCUGUGAAAGCAGCCAGAAGGGGGACUGUAUCCUGCAAAGCCACAGGGGUGAAGCUUCCCAAGGCAGUGGGAGCCCACUUCUUGCAUCAGCAUGACCUGUAUGUGAGACAUAGAAUCAAAGGAAAUCACUUUGGAACUCUAAGGCAUAAUGACUGCCCUAUUGGAUUUUGUACUUGUAUGGGGACUGUAGCCCCUUUGUUUUGGCCAAUUUCUCCCAUUUGGAAUGGGUGCAUUUACUAAAUGCCUCUACCCCCAUUGUUUCUAGGAAGUAACUAACUUUCUUUCCAUUUUAUAGGUUCAUAGGCAGAAGGGACUUGCCUUGUCUCAGAUUAGACUUUGGACUUGGACUUUUGGUUUAAUGCUGGAAUGAGCUAAGACUUUGGGGGAACUGUUGGAAAGGCACGAUUGUGUUUUGAAAUGUGAGGACAUGAGAUGUGGGAGGGGCCAGAGGUGGAAUGAUAGGGUUUGGCUGUGUCCCCACCCAAAUCUCAUCUUGAAUUGUAGCUCCCAUAAUCCCCACAUGUUGUGGGAGGGACCUGGUGGGAAAUAAUUGAAUAAUGGGGCCAACCUCUGUGCUGUUCUCAUGAUAGUGAGUGAGUUCUCGUGAGAUCUGAUGGUUUUAUAAGGGGCUUUUCCCCCUUUCUUCAGCACUUCUCUCUCCUGUUGCCCCGUGAAGAGGUGCCUUCUGCCACAAUAGGAAGGCUUUGCUUCUCUAAGUAACACCUGUUGGCCAUGGAGGGCUUCUGUGUGGCAGGCUUCUGCAUGCUGAUUUUCUAAGAAGGCAUGUGGUUGGAGGUUUCUGAAGAUUCCUACUGGACUUCUUCUCUAUACAGAACCCCUCUUCCUGGGGGUCAUCUCACCUGACUGCUGAGGGCAUUCAUGGCACUGUGAGAAAAGACCAAAAAAGGAUAAAACACACCAAAGUUUGUUCAAUCCAGCCAGUCCCCAGCAAAGACCUAAAAGAAUGAAUUCAUUUUCUGGUAACUUUGAACACAUGGUAAGGAAAUACAUUCAUCUUUUCACUGGAACUGCUCACCUAAUUGCUUGGUACAGUCAUGUUCAACGAUAUGUAGUUGAUUAAAAAAUGACAAAUACUGUGACCAGCUGCCCUUCUGAUGUCAAAUAAUGUGGAAGAUUGAACACCAUGCUGAUCCAUUAGCCAUUUCCAGGAAACAUUGCAGCGUUAUAAGAGAAAUUAUAGACUAUUUGUUGAAGCUCAGCGUGUCCAUCUCCCUGCUUUGAAGAAGGCAAGCUUCAUUAAAACCAGCAUCUUACUUGGCCUAAAACAUCUUUGGAGUAGGAGAUUUAUGACCUUUCUGGGAAAGUAGUUUUAAUUUUUAUAAACCUUAGAAUUAAGAAGUUCUUUUGUAAAUACAAUUACAAUUCUUUCUUCUAGAUUUUGAGUCAUUUAUUCUUAUUCAAUAUCCAUAAAAGUAAGUAAUUGAAAUACAUAUUUCCUCACCAAAAUUUUAUUAAUUACCUACAUAAUUUAUCUAUUUAGGAAAUGGAAUUAGAAACUAGUACCUUAUAAAAUUGAUGGUGAACAUGAAAUGAGGUAUUACAUGCAUUAAUUCACUUAUUUAUUAAACAAAUUUAGUUGAGUACCUGUUGUGUACCAGGCAUGGUGGUUAUAAUACAGAUAAUGUCCUUGCCCUUAUGGUGCUCAUAGUCCAGCACAUUUAUAGAGGUUCCUACACAUCAUGAAGUUUAAAUUACUAUUCAAGAGUAAAAGACAUAAAUUAUUAUUAUUGAGAUCUCAGGCCUAAUCGAUUGCUAGGAAGCCAUUUUAGUCUUCCAUUUAGGAAAAAUAUUAAUAGGUAUAUCAGCUCUUUUUCAUUUGGCAUCUAUUCACUCUUCUGGUAAUAGCUCCCAGAUAAUCCUCCAGGCAUCAACCCACUCACUUUCAGGUCUUGUGGUUUGAGUGACACUGAUUCCUCUCCAGCCUCCACAGGCGUCCAUGAGACUCAAAUCUAGUCAAUUAGGAUUUUAUAUCCCAGUUGUCACAAACCAGACCCUCCAUGGUCCAUCUGCUGCUUCUCUUUGGACCUGAUCUCCCAUCACUGACUGUCUCACAUCACACCUGUACAUACCAUGGUGGUUUUGCUUAUGUUAUGUGAUUAUUUAUCUUGCUUAUCUUGGCCUCUUUUCCUGGGAUACCCUUCUCCUGCCUCUUCCUUUGUCAAGUCUGUCCAUCUUUUAAGACCUAGCUAGUCAACUCUCCUUCAAAAGGCUUUCCCCUCCUCAAGUUGGACAAAGUGUCCCUUCUGAGAGCUUCCUCAAUCCAUGGACAGUUCUCUAUCUGCAAUUAUGCACUAUUUUCAUAAUAUGCUGCCUGUGUCUCUGUUUUCCACUUAGAUGGUGCACUCCUGCUGUCUGAAUUUUACGUCUCUAUGUGUUCCUAGCACCUUGACUGAUGCCUGGGACCCUGUGGUCACUUGAUCUAGGCUUGUUGACUAAAAGUACUUAAGACGACUGUGGCAGAAACCUGUCUUUCUAUAACAUGCCUUUGCUGAAUUGCACAGUUCUGAAGAAGAGUAGUUCAAAUGACUAUGUAUUGAAUCAUUCCAGCACCCAGGCUUUAUGUCUCUUAGAGAAGGAAAGUUACAUUCAUUAACUUCCUUAGGUUUGCCUUAGGGAAUGAUAUCAAGACUUCAUUCAACAAGUAUUUAUUAAGUUAUAUAGGCUUCCUGGAUCAUUCAAGCUUGCUGUGUUUUUCUCCCCUGAUCUUCAGCAUGUACAGCCUGGGCUAUUAAUUUGGUGAUUAAUCAUAUACUAUCUUGUGACUUGUUUUUGUAAUGUAUUUUCAUGUAGUACUUAGCCUAUUAAACAUUUUACACCCUUA